AGUAAAACCGAAAAGGAACAGGCCGGAAGAAUCAUUAUAAUUAAGAAAAGGAAUUUUUCCCUGGGUCCUAACUCGUGCGGUCCUAAACCAAAUUGAACAAGGUGCAGCAGUCCAAGUUUAGAGAAGCCGCUCGCCGCUGGUAGCGCCGGCGUUGGACGACAAGUUACUGGUUGUUGUCAGUUUAAUGUGUAGGUUUCAUUGUGUCAGUUAAAAAGAGCAGUUGUUUUUACUCUGUUUAGCGCUGUAUUCUCCAUAUUUAAUAUUAGUUAAGGGAAGAGAAGAAAGGGAUGGUGAGGCUCACUGCAGACUUGAUAUGGAAAAGCCCUCAUUUCUUUAACGCCAUUAAGGAGCGGGAGUUGGAUCUUCGAGGUAACAAAAUCCCUGUUAUAGAAAACUUGGGUGCUACUGAGGACCAAUUUGAUACCAUUGAUUUGUCUGACAAUGAGAUUGUUAAGCUGGAAAACAUGCCAUAUCUGACUCGUUUGGGCACUUUGCUUAUCAAUAACAACAGAAUUACCCGUAUCAAUCCCAACAUUGGAGAGUUUUUGCCCAAAUUACACACAUUGGUACUUACAAAUAACAGGCUUGUCAAUCUGGUAGAGAUUGAUCCUCUCGCUUCUCUUCCAAAACUGCAGUUCCUCAGUCUUCUGGAUAAUAGCAUCACCAAAAAACCAAAUUAUAGACUGUACAUCAUUCACAAGCUAAAAUCACUUCGGGUUCUUGAUUUCAAGAAGGUGAAAAGCAAGGAGCGAAUGGAAGCGGAAAAUUUGUUUGCAUCCAAAGAAGUUGAAGAGGAGGCUAUAAGGGAGUCUGCCAAAACAUUCAUUCCAGGUGAGGUUCCAAAUGUUACAGAAGAUGCAGAGGAGCAACAGAAUCCGAAAGUGGUUGCUCCCACGCCUGAGCAAAUUAUAGCAAUAAAGGCUGCUAUUGUGAAUUCCCAAACUCUUGAAGAGGUAGCCAGACUUGAGAAGGCAUUGAAUUCAGGUCAGAUUCCUACAGAUCUGAAUAUAUUUGAUAAUGAUAGUGAACUCAACACCGUCCAAGAGAAAGAUGACAAAAUGGCCACUGAUGGUGAUAAUAAGACUGAUCAUGAACCAAGCAAUCUUGAUGAGCAGAAAGAUAGUGAUUCUGCAUCAAUGGAACAGGAAUAGAGGAGGUGAUUUUGAAUGCAAUCCACAAGAAGUUUUUGCCUCUGGCAUUCCUUGCUAGAAGAUGUGGAUACCGGGGUUCUUCUGCUUUGCAAUUAUCGUAGACCUUUUCCAUAUGGGUUCUUUUUUUUCUUUCCUUGGUUGAUUGUCGCAGAUGUAGCAUGCACACCUAUAUGGGUUCUUUUUUUUCUUUCCUUGGUUGAUUGUCGCAGAUGUAGCAUGAACACACCUGAGUCUGGGCUUGACACAGGGUAAUCGUAUUUCCAGACUUGCUUAGGACUAUCAAAUCCCUUUUGGAAGUAUUGCAAUAGUCCACCUGCUUAACUAAUACAGUUUUCUAAUUCUGGUAGAACCAUUUGGGUGCUGAAAUCUGAGAACCAGAAUCAAAUGUAUGGAAUUCCAUUUUUUAGUUUUGUGAAAAAGUAGAUACUCAAAUCUAUUUUUAUGGGCACAAACAAAAUUUGAGA